GUAGGCUAGGUUAGGUUACUUUCAGAAAACUAUUUAAUAAUAUACGUACACUAUAGAGUCUAGUAGUCUUCCUGUAGUUGCGUUCAAUACUCGAUCCAAUAUUUAUAGAUCCGUGUUUUCAUAUUUUAUGUUUAUGCUUCAUUUGUAUUUUACUUUGCCGGUACUUUUUUAUCUGUCAUCUGUAGAAUGUAGAUUUGAUUGUUGUUUGUUUAUCUUGUUGAAUGAAAAUUUGUGAUUAUUCUUUCUUGCACUUUCUGGUGAUUAUCUUAGAAAUAGUCCUAUAACUACACUGAAGUUAACCGAAUAAAAAUGUCGCAAAAUUCUGAUAAACCGAUCUCUAGCCAGGAUGUUGUCGAUCCUACCGGUCCAGCGGCACGUAAAGGUGUGCUCAUAUCCUUUAGAACAGGCAAAUCCAUGGAGAUUCCUGAAAAAGACAUAUUAGGAAGAUGCAGAUUUGUUGGAGAGUUUGAGAAACUAAAUCGCAUUGGCGAAGGCACGUACGGAAUCGUGUAUAGAGCUAAGGACAAACUAAAUGGUAACAUAGUGGCAUUAAAGAAAGUAAGAAUGGAUGUUGAAAAGGAUGGCUUACCUUUGAGUGGUUUACGUGAAAUUCAGGUGUUGAUGGCAUGCCGCCAUGAAAACAUUGUUCAACUUAAGGAAGUUUUAGUUGGAAGAUCACUUGAAAGUAUUUUCUUAUCAAUGGAGUACUGUGAACAAGACUUAGCUUCAUUACUUGACAACAUGACAUCACCUUUCACCGAGUCACAAGUUAAAUGCUUGAUGCUACAAGUGUUGAAGGGUUUGAAAUAUCUGCACUCUAAUUUCAUUGUGCACAGAGAUCUAAAAGUCUCCAAUUUGCUGCUCACUGAUAAAGGAUGUGUGAAGAUAGCUGACUUUGGCUUAGCUCGUUGGCUAGGCGCUCCGGCUCGGUGCGCCACUCCACGCGUCGUCACUCUAUGGUACAGAGCGCCGGAGCUACUCUUACAAUCGCCGAAACAAACGCCGGCAUUGGACAUGUGGGCCGCUGGAUGUAUUCUCGGUGAAUUGUUGGCCAACAAACCCUUGCUUCCUGGCCGGACAGAGAUUGAACAGCUUGAACUCAUUGUUGAUCUGCUUGGUACACCAUCUGACGCGAUCUGGCCGGAAUUUAGUGCUCUGCCAGCAUUGCAGAACUUUACGUUAAAACAACAGCCAUACAACAACCUAAAACAGCGGUUCCCUUGGCUAUCUGCAGCGGGCUUGCGUCUACUGAAUUUCUUGUUCAUGUACGAUCCUAACAAGAGAGCUACCGCUGAAGAAUGCCUGCAGAGCUCAUAUUUCAAGGAACAACCCUUGCCUUGCGAUCCUAAACUUAUGCCGAGUUUCCCGCAACACAGAAACAUGAAGGGUCAACAAAAGACUACGACUUCGAACAAUCAGCUAAACAUUCCCCUUUCAAAUUUGAACACAGGAGCAAACGACCAGACAAACAACCUGCCAGCCAUAUCGGACUUACUAGGAUCUCUGGUUAAGAAGCGAAGGCUCGAAUAAAUGACAUAGAUGUAUGUGUCAAAAAAUAGGAUUUACGCGGUUGCAAUACUCGCUUUCGAGUGUCGAAACACUAAUGACAAAGCAAAACGUACCUAUAAACGUAAACGUAACUAUUAGAUUUAGAGUCGCAUAUUCUUCAUGCUGUGUGUAUUUUAUUUUAUCUAAGUGUGGCCAAGACCGCUGGCCAUUGAAGUCAGAAAGGAUUCUGAACUUUAUUUCGACGUUGACAAGUGUUCCAAUGCUGGAAACUUACAAAUUCUGUACCAUAGUUUUUAUUUAAGUGCAAUAUUCCGGCAACAGUUGGCUUUAGAAGUGAAGACGAAUUUGAGCUUCAAAACAACAUAAAUAAGUUUUACUUUGUCAAAGUGUUUUACUUUGUCGUGACAUGUUUCGAUACUCGAAAACGAUGGAAGGAUUGUGAGCGUAAAAAUUGCUAAGUAUACAAUUUCAUUUAGAAUUUUCUCUCUUGAGACUCUUAACAAUAGCGCGAGUUGUGUUUUUGUGUGUGCUGUCGGUGAUUGGGGAACAUCUUUAAAUUACGUCACAGCAAUUUAAUGACUUUUAAGCCCAAGGCAAUUGGAUUUUUUUCCAGUAAUAAUAGUAUCCUAGUACAAGAUUUGGUCGCUUCGCAAUAGUGUCAAAAUUCAAAAUUCAUUUAGUUAAAGUAAGCCUACUUUAUAAGCACUUUUGAAAUGUCAAGUACGUCUGUUUGACAUCACUCUACCACCGGUUUGAGUACAAGAAGUAGAUUCUACGGAGAAGAGCCGGCAAGAAACUCAGUAGUUGCUCUUUUCCAACAUCACUUACCAAUACAAUUUUUUCGAGUAUCAAGAUACUUGAACAUCAGAAUCAAAUGGAUUUUAUUAGAAUUGCACUAAAGCUCAAAUUUGCCUACGAGCGUGCAAAUCUCGCACUAAGCCUACUGCACUUAUGAAUAUACGAAAAUUAUUUAUAAAUCAAAACCUUAUUCAUUAAAUCACAACUACAAAUUUCAAUAUUUUAAAAAGUUUACAACAUGACAAUCACAUUUUGAUUGUUACCUAACGAUGUGCUAUCCCGUUGAUAUGCUCAAAGUUAAGAGCAGGAAUAGAGUUUAUGGAUUGAAGACUUUAUGACUCAUCUUCAUUCUUGUCAUGUUGAGCCCCUAACGUGUGUCGUAAUAUAUGGAUUUAGAGGCCAACCCACAUUGGGGCGGCAGACAUUUUUAUUUUCAACCAACGUAAAUUAAUACGAUUCUAUUGGAUGGUAACAAGAUACAGAUUCUAGAGAUCAAUCCGGGAAAUUCCCUGUGAUAAAAUCUUAAUCUCGUUACCAGUCGUUACGAAUCAAUUUAUGUUGGCUAAACAUAAAAUGCGGUGCUCUGCCCUCCGCGUUAUGAGUUGGUCAUAACUCACAGGUGUUGAUCGUAGGCCCACAAUUAAUUUUAAUUCAUCAUAAGAUUUAAAUAAAGAAAUAUACGAA